AUGCCUCCGGUCAGCCUCCAUGCAGGGGUAAUCGGUGCGGGCAUGGGAGGACUUACUGCGGCAAUUGCCUUGCGUCGAGGAGGAGUCGAAGUCACCAUCCUCGAGGCGGCAACCGAACUUGGGGAAAUUGGAGCCGGCAUCCAGAUUUUCCCCAAUGUAUCAAGGUACCUCAUCCGCUGGGGUGUGGACGAGAUCAUUGGCGAGAAUCUAGUUCAAGUGGACGAAGUGCGGACAUGGGGCGUCAAUGGCAAGGUGGUGACGAGGGUCGAUCCGAAACGUGUUCACAAGUUCACCGGCUUCCCUCAUUUGAUUGCUCGGCGAGACCAUCUACAUGCCGGCCUUACAGAGUCGGCUCGCCGUCAUGGAGUCGAAAUCAUUGUCGGAGCCCGGGUUCAGAAGCUCGAGUACACAGAGAAGUCGGCGACGGUCACCACGACCAACGGGGAUUCUUACACAUUCGACAUAGUGGUGGGCUGCGACGGCAUCAAAUCCACGAUCCGACAACAUCUCUUCCCCGAAGUCAAACCUCGCGCUCCAUCCAAAGUUGCCGCUUACCGGGGCGUGCUCACGUACGAGGAGAUCAAAAGCAAGGCUCCUGAAGCAGCGUCGAUCUUGACUAACACAAUGGACAUGUGGACGGGGCCAAACGGCUACAUAAUGACCUACCCACUCUCCGGAGGGAAAGAGCUAAAUGUAGUCACUUCGUUUUGCAAGGACUACUACGUGGAGAAAAUGGAGGAAGUCGACAUUGACGAAUUCAGAGGAUACUACAAGGAUUACAGCCCGGCAAUCCAGUCCAUCAUUGAACUAGUCAAUUACACGCAACGGUGGCCCUUACUUGUCAUGCCUCCAAUGGACCGGUGGUCGAACGAGGCCAGAAAUGUGGUGCUACUGGGCGACGCCGCACAUUGCAUGCAGAACCACAUGGGCCAAGGAGCAGCCACAGCGAUGGAAGAUGGUGUCUUCCUCGGACGUGUUCUGAGUGAAGUUGUGCGCGGAACGCUGACUGUGCCCGAAGCGGUGACUAUCUAUGAGCAGAAACGGAUCCCCCGAGCUUGGACCAAACAGCAGGUAUCUCUGGUGUCGGGCGAGUUGAACAUGUGUUCCGACGCACAAGAGCUACUCAAGCGGGACGCGUCAUCCUUGCCAGAAGCCCGGGGCCUCGAGGAUGGCGUGGUCAGACGUCCUUUUCCUGCUCUUCCGCCAGAGUAUCGGUCGUGGCAGAUGUUCGAUUCGCCGGAUAGCGUACCCGGAAUCUUCUACUACGAUGCUGAAGGCGAUGCAGAUAACGCGGCGUGUGAAUUCCUGCAGGCAAGGGAUCGAGAGGCCGGGAAGGUGGAUGAACUGACGAUGGUCAGUGACGCUUUGAGGAAGAAGUGGUGGACAGCCGUCGAUUUCAACGGGAUCGGGUGA